AUGGCAAUCGCAUUCGCGGNCCCACAAUCUGCCUUGACCGACUUCCUCUCUUCACACAACAUCUCAGCACAACAAAUUCGCGAUGACUACGAACGCCGCGUUCGCGAAGCUGCCCAGCAAGAAAACGCCGGUGAAGGCACCUCCAAUGCACCACAACCACCCAGCGAUCCAGACGCCGAAGUCGCCGCCGCCCUAGCUGCAGAAGAAGCUGCAGACGCAGCCGCCGAGAAGUCCAGGAAGAGAAAGAGAAAGGAAGAAGCCGCCAUUGAGAAGAUCAAGAAAGCAAAGGGAGCAAAGGGUGGAAAGAAAAAGAAGAAGCCCAUGAACAGCGACGACGAGGAUGACGAAGACUUCGACGUUGGUAAUGCCAUGUACGUCAAGGCUCCUCCCAUGCCUGGCCAAUUCGAGAACUGCGAGAACUGCAGCAAGCGCUUUACUGUUACGCCAUACAGCAAGAGCGGUCCUGAUGGAGGCCUGGUCUGCACGCCCUGCGGCAAGGAGCUUGCNAAAGAUGGAGAUGCUGCUGCAGGCAAGAAGGCAAGAAAACCACCAGCUGGAAGGAAGAGACGCCAGGUCGAGAGCGAGCGUCUGAACGGUAUCGCUGUUGGCGGUGCAAAGUCAUUGCAGCAACUCUGCAUCGAGAAGGUCGCUCAAUACCACGAGGAUGUCGACGAGCUGGGCGAAUUGCCCGAGCCCGUCAUGCUGCGAUUGGCCGAGAUCUUUGCGAAGAAGCGUGUCCUCAACCCAAAGACAUUGAAGCUCUUCGUGCGACCCGACUCGGAUGCUGUCUGCAUUCACGAUGCCGCCUACCUGGAGGUCGAGGACUACCAGGGUAUCUGCGCUGUGGCUCCUGGACUCAAAAAGCUCGUCAUUCGCAAUGCCUGCCAGCUCAAGGACGAAGUCGUCGAGUACAUGAUGGAGAAGUGCGACUCGAUCAACUACAUUCAGUUCUAUGCCGCCAACCUGGUGUCAGACGACAUGUGGCGCAAGCUCUUUCAGCGCUAUGGCAAACAACUCAGAGCAGUCAAGCUAUCAUGGUUGGAUGCCUCGUUCGACGAUGACACUGUCCGCGCACUCGUUCAAAACUGCCCCGAUCUCAUUCGUCUUAAGCUAAAGCUCUGCCGCAAGCUCACCGAAGAGUCCAUCGUCGCUCUUGCUGACUUGACAAACCUUGAGCGCCUGUCGCUGCAGACUGGUGUUCAACCAUCACCCGAGACUGUCAUCAACCUCGUCAAGUCUGUCGGCCCCAAGUUGCGCACUCUCUCUUUCGAGGACUUCCUAGACCUCGAUGAUGCAGUUCUCGCCCAGAUCAAGGAGUCAUGCAACCAGCUUGAAAAGUUCCGUCUGCAGAUGAAUGACGUGGCAAGCGAUGCUGCUUAUGCUAAUCUCUUCACCAACUGGAAGAACCCACCGCUCACCUUUGCCGACUUCAGCGGAACUCGCGACGUUGACAACAACAACCCUAAAGGCCCUGAAGAAGCCAUUGGCCUCGCCUCUGCUGGUUUCAAGGCCCUGAUGGCACACUCUGGUUCGGCUUUGCGCACCCUCGACAUCGCCUCUUGCCGACAUAUCAGUUUGGAGGCUUUCCUCGACGUCUUCGGCAGUGGCGCCAAGUACCCCAACCUUGAGACCAUCAACUUCAGCUUCUGCAGUGCUGCUGAUACAUCUGUGGUUGCUGGAGUCUUCCAGAGCUGUCCCGCCAUCAAGAAGGUCAUUGCCUUUGGCUGCUUCGACGUCACUGAUGUCGUUGUCCCCAGAGGUAUUGCUCUGAUCGGUGUACCCAAGGCUCAAGACGCCAUUGAGCAGAUUGGUACCGGUAUCGAUGUUGCUGAAGCUCUGGGCCGCAUGAUCGAUGUUGGUGCUUAA